AUGCAGUUAGAAAUUUCCUCUCUGCCUUUGGAAGACAGUGGCCGGCACGACACCCAGCCCCUCACUCUGGAGUCGUGUGGGGGAAGCUCCUCGCAGUGGUGUGUCUGGAUGUCGAGAGAGACCCUCCCCUCUCCUCCAGACUUCCAGGUGUGUCUGUUUGUGGAGUACGCCAACUACAACAAAGAACCAUACCAAUGCCAGACUGUGUCCAUACCCACUCCUUCGGAAAAGUAUUCGGAGUUUAAAGUCACAACCAGCCAGGACAUUGUGAACCCAUACACUGAAGUGCUGCUCGAGAUCACUGGCCUCCCCUUCGGAGUGGACUCCUCCAUCACUUCUUAUUACACUGUGGUAGCACUGGACGAGGAUGGAAGCAGGAGACAGAGGAGGUACACGGAUGAACAGAUGGACCAGACAAACGAGACAUGGUCCACUGCAAGUAAAAACGACUUCGAACCCUACGUCAUCUCAACCCCCCUCCCUUACCCUCCUUCUGAGUUCGUGGAAUCAAACUCAACUUCUGGAGGACAGUUCGCGGAAGUGAACUGGACCAUCACUCUGGGAGAAGAGUACCCGUGUGCAGAGAAUGAGACAUACUGCAAUGGACCUCUGGAUCCAGGGUCCAACUACAAGAUCAAGUUUGUUGGGAUGACGGACAGUGGCUGGAGUGUGAGCACAGACAUAUUCAAAGAGUUCGCCACCAAGUCAAGCCAGCUGUCUGCCGAAUUCGAUUCUGGUUUAGUCGUUGUAGAAGCCACAUUCAAUGACUCAUUCCCACCAGAAGAGACCACAUUCCAUGUCCAGGUGAGGAAUGAAGACACAGGCGAAGAGUCCUCGUAUAACUUGACUGGGACAGAAGUGUGUGAAGAAGUGUCCUCUGAAACAACUGAUUCCACCCAAAUUGAUUUCAACUGUGUCAUCACUGUGGCAACCCUGGACAUGGGCGUCAACUAUGCAGUCAAUAUUACACCCAGUGUCAAUGGGGUUGAAAUGGGUCUUUUUCAGCACACAUUCACCACCGGGGUUCUUCCUAACAUCACGGUGGAGUUGUGGGAGGAGAGUAAUCGGGUGACGGACAUCACCACCCAGCUGGAGGCCAACAUCACUGGACUGCCCUUUGGAAGGGACCCCUUUGUCACACAGUAUGCUGUCAUAAUAGCCAACAACCACACUUUCAACCAGACUCCUCCAGUCUACCCAGAUGACGUGGAGCCGUACGCAUCACGUGACAUGGACCAGCAUGCACACCAGUUGGCCCAGAUGGACUCCUACCCCCCGACAACUGAGGAGGGCACAGAUCAGUGGUUCCUCUUGAUCGGACAGACAGACCCCAACAGCUGUUCCAGAAUCUGCAAUGGACCCCUGCAUCCGGACACUGGCUACACCAUCUGGUUUGUGGGGGAGAUUGACAUGGGGGUGGUGAACGGGGAGCCGGUAAAGAGAUACAUUAUGAGCCAGGGAUUCAGCGGACUCUACACACAACCAGAAGAGCCCGCGAUUGAGCCGCAAGCGACUGACUUCCAGGCUGCCAGUCUGACCCCCAUCUUCAUCAUAGUGGCAGUGGUGGUCGUCCUCCUCCUCUUCCUCAUCCUCCUCUGCUGUCUCCGCAAGGCCGGCCAAGCCAAAGCGAGAGUCUACCCCUUCCUGCGUUACUUCUCCCCCGUCCCGAGGAAGACCCUGUAUGCCUACGAGCACUACUCGCAGGAUGACUCAUCAGUGAACGGAAGCAACGCCGGAGGAGCCAACAUCCCCCACCCCCUCACAACGUCCACACCUCCCCCGCCCAUCUCGGCCGCGGAUAAGGCCCUGUCUAUUCUGGCCGCAAGACAGCCAGACUUUGUGGACAACCCCACACAUCCAUAUCCUCCCAGUCUGAGACCAAUGCAUCUAGAUAUGUCAAACCCUUCAUCUCAUUUGAUUGCCCUCGCUCCCCCCACCUUCAACACGAACCCCAACUCAGACCCACGCACUCCCAUGACCAACCCCGGCAUGACCCGAUUCCCCCCUAAACCCCAACAGCCCCCACCUCAUCUCAAACUUCCUUACGGAUUCAGAAAUGCCAUGCUGCUCCCGGUGUCACCUAUGACGUCACCCGCAGACCAGGUCGACAAAAGUGGGCAAGGAGGGCCCGGUCAGGAUUCGAACCGACAACCAGAGGCCGAACAGGAAGAAGAGGUUUUGGUCAGAAGGCCGAGGAAGAAGAAGGCGGAAGAGAUGAAUACGCCGACAGCUUUUAUCGACUUGGCCGAAAAAUUCAGUUGAACAGCGCUUAAGUAAAUUUGUAAUUCUUUUUUACAAAAUUGUACAAAAAUCCGAUCUUGAUAAAUUCUUUACAAACUCAUGUUGAAGAAAAAAGUGCUGGUCAAUAGUAAUGAAAAUUGAGUCGGUUAUUGGUUCAGUUUGGAACUGAGUACGUGUAAAUUGAAAAGCAUUAUUGAAAAACAUCAUUUGUGUGAGGUUUCAUCGCAUAUCAAUAAUAUCUUUGAAUUAUAUUUUUAUAUCAUAACUUCUAACGCAGAUCAAAUAAAAUUAUGUAAGUACCAAUUUGUAUCAUUUAAUAUUGAUUUUGCA